AUGGACUGCACGGAGAUGGGAUACCAGAAAGGGUUGCGGUUUCGCAAUCUUCCGAAACAAUGCCAUCAGUUGGUUCUUUCUCGAGUGGCCCUCCAGGCGCUGGUGAAGCUGCGCUAUGUGAAUAAGAUUUUCUACAAUCGUUCCCUGCUGGCGAUGGUGAUGAACAUGCGAUGGCUCGAAUUUCGAUGUGAAUUCAGCGACAAAAAUUUGGCAUUACGAUGGCAUGGAGAAAAUGGCAAUUUGGUUGUAAUGUUCACUACUCGGCGAAGUUUGGCCAGCGUUGAACCAUUCGAGGACCCGCCUACACAAGUUGUUCACAGACAACCCUGGAGGGAGCGGAAAAUCGAGUCGGCCUUCAACUACGUCUUCAACUACCGUAGCAGGGAACAAGUUCAACACAUGCUGGGUAUUUACCCCAAAAAGUCGAUGGUGGCACGGAUGGUUCUUGAUAUCCCCCGAAUGGGCCGCUGCCCAAAUCAUAGCGCAUCAAGGCAACGUUGCGAUUGCCCGACCGACAUGACGAAUAUGCAUGGAUUGUUCGGAAACCACCCGUUUGUCGAAAUACUAUCUCUCGCCGAAUAUCCCCGUAAAUCCUGGAAUUACAUGCUGGACGUCAUCUCGGCUGCCAUCGCGAAACUCGAUGUCAAUGAUAAAUCCAGAAGAUUGAUCGCCUUCAGCGCGAUCGAAUUGUGCUACCUCGACAGGCGGAAAAAAGCCAGAAGAACGCACGGGCUGUUCCCUGAAGUUGGGCGUCGGCUGGAAGGCGUCCUCUCCGACAGAUGGCAACUAUUCUCGGCCAUCAUAGUUGACGGCGAUUUCAAGAUAAUACAGGGUCUGCGUUGCCGAAGCGACUACGUGCUCCCCACUCUUUACCAGGAGUAUGUUGGAGCGGUCAGCAUCCCUAAUCCUGGCAACAAGAGUGUAAGCUUCUACGAUUACUUGACGCACCGAUCAAUCUCCAAAAAACAUCCUAUGAGCUCUCCAAACGAUGUGGCUGAAGAGGUGACCAUCGAGGAGCAGCCCACUGGCUCCUUUGUAGAAGUGGAACGAGAUGAGGAGAAACCUGGCAGCCCGCUGGACGAAUUUCUCUGCGAUGGCUCGAUCAACGCGCCCACAGUCACUUUCAUCGACUUCUGCGAAGCGAUCGAUCCGACGUUAGAAGAGGAUGUGAAGUAUCGUGUCUGGUGCUUCUAUGAAUGGAUUACUUCUGCGGUUACAUUGACGGGCCCCGAGAUGCCAUGGAUCGCAGCCAGCUUUUUCGCCACUCAACAUUUGAAGAAAAAAGUGCGGGAUAUGCCAAAGUUUAGAUAUACAUUAUGUGAGGUGCUCGAUGCCGGAAAAUUGAGCGUUAUUGAUCUGUUUGACCGGUUGAACCGGAUUGCCCCGAUUUUUGGAGGGACUGUCACGACCAAGUUGAUGACAUUGUCCCGACGCCUUCAAAACACACUGUCCGUCUCAGUGACGAUAUUUCGUAAAUUCUUGAAGAUAUUUCGUUUUGUGUUCGCUCGACCGGAAGCGCAAACUGUUGACGCAUUGCAGCCUCGGGUUUUUCGCAUGAUAUGGUACUUGUAUUUGAUGACCAGAAAACAACUCCCGGCGGGAUCGAGCUCUGAUCUACUUAUCUGUUUUGAUGCCUUAUUGUGCUGCUUCGAUCUGGUGGUGCGUGACCUCGAUUGCUUCGACCUGCAGCACACGUUUACACAAGAAUUUGUCCAAGGCUCGAGCGGCGAGGGCGAGCAAAUUCUUUCGUGCUUGUGCGCGCAGUUUGACGGGGCUGCCCUCGACGCGAAGCACUUCAAGGUGCACGUGUUUGAAAAGAUAAUUUACGAGAAGAUGAAUCUGCAAUGGCCGCUGAAUAUUAUCGACAAUGGCGACAAUUAUAUUGGUGAUUUCGACGUUGCCUACGACCAGCAGCUGCGCCAAAAGGGCGAAUUCGACGAGCGCCUGUUUCUGCCCGAGCAUUUUGAGAUCAUCUACGACGCGGAUUACGAUGCGGCCCCUCUCGAAAUGCUGCGAAGAGCCGAGCUGUCCGACUGGUCGAUUGACACAAAUCUCCUGGUCCGCGUUUCCACACAGGCUUGUCUGGAGCGCGUUGAAAAGAUGAAGCUCAAGCCGCAUGUUGCUCAGGGAAACGUCAUUCAAAAAUAUGUGAUGGCUUCCGAUCAAUUUUGCCCGCGGAUGGGAAAUGAACUGCCGACAUUCACAGCAAAAGUGCUAGAAGCCCUGAUUCCACGCGGUUGGACGCUCGAAGGAUCGCAAUUGAUGAGCUGCUUUGCCGAGUACGAGGACGAUCCGAUGCCUAUAAUUAAGGAUAGCGUUAGGACGUUGACGAAUAAAUUCAGCAAACGUGUAGCGCAAGAAAAGAAUAAAUCGACCGACGGGAUUCCGGACCCGGAAAUCACAUCAAAUCUGGCAAUGCAUCGCGCGCUUGUUGAGGAGCUGUUCUACCAUCUACUCGAGAGGAUCAUCGUCGCCGAGCGGGAGAAGAUGGCUGCGUAUAAAGAGGCCGAUUUGUCGUUGAUCGCCCGGAAGCAAGAAUUCAUCGCGUCGCUGUUUGCCGUGACACUCGAGCUGGUGCUCGCCGCGAACAAGUCGACACGAAAAUUCCCCUGGGCCCUUGAAGCUCUCGGCCUUCCCGCCAUCCAUUUCUACAAGAUCAUCGAAGUGGUCGUCCGCUCGGAGCCGGCCCUGUCACGCGAGAUGGCAAGGCAUUUGAAUAGGAUCGAGGAAUCCGUGUUCGAAGAGCUGGCCUGGAGCUUCGAGAGCCCGCUGUGGAAUCAUUUGGCCCAGCGAGCCGACGCGAUCCCGAGCUGCAACACGGUGUGGUCCGGCGAGAUGCGCAGCGAGUUCUAUUCUCCGGCGAAGCGGAUGAGAACCGAAGAAGAUGGCGUACCGUCCAGCAAAGCUAUGAAUAAUUUCUUCAGAAAGCUCUAUUUUAUCGCCUCAAACCGCCUGGUGGACAUUUGCGAGCGGUUGAAUUUGAAUGAACAGGCGAAGAGUCGGGUCUGGACCCUGUUCGAGUACAUCCUGAAGACGGAGACGAACCUGCUGGCUGGCCGGCAUUUGGACCAGAAUCUGAUGUGCGCUGUGUAUAUAAUUGGAAAGGUGCUGAACCUGGAGAUCACGUUCAACAAGAUAAUGGAGACGUACCGCUCGCUGCCGAGCGCCCAGGAGCGCGUAUUUCGCUAUGUGACCGUCGAGACGGAAGUACCGCUCGAUGAUGUGCUCAGCCAAUUCCUUGUCAAGCCCAACGAAGCGCUAAUGCAUGCGAUCGAGACCCGGCAAUCCAUCGUGAACAGUGAAAAAGUGAACAUUAUCGAGUACUACAAUCGCGUCUUUUGGCCCAGGGUCGACAACUUUGUUCGCCGCAUGGACGACCCGCAAUUUUCGGUCCGUCGCCAGCCGAUGCCAAUGCUACGCCAGUACAAUGUGACGCCGCUGAAGAAGAUGAUCACAGAUCGUAUCUCCGUCCAAACCGUCCAGCCCGGGCCCAAGAAAACGACGAAGAUCACGUACCGUCCGGUCGGGCGUGGAGGAGGGGCCGCCGUGAGGACGUUGACCAGGGUACGG